CAAAUAUCAAAUAGUUUUCUGGUGAUAUAAAGAUUUAGCGCUUUAUCAUGUCAACUAGUUUGGAGACAUACCUAAUUGAAGUGGGACACUAUGAAUCGGAGAAUGAGAGGUCAAAAAGAUCUACUUUAAUAAACAAUGUUAAAAGUUUAGCUAAGGAAUGGAUAAUGGAAAUGGUGGAAGAUAAUGAGGACAGAAAAACUGCAAUUAAAGCUAUAAAGCAGUAUAUCUAUCCAUUAGGAUCCUAUGUUUUGGAAGUAAUGGAAAAAGAUUCAAAGUUAGAUACAAUCUUCAUUGCUCCCCAGUUUAUUUCUUUGGAGGACUUUUUAACAUUAUUUUCCACAAAACUUCAGCAAUAUCCAAAUGUGAAGCAAGUAAUCGCAGUAGGAGUUUGCCGAACUCCCCAAAUCCGACUUAUUUUAGAUGAUACGGAAUUGUUUAUAUCAUUUUCCAACGUUCCUAUUGAAUAUUUAACUGGGAGAAAAAAUAUUAGUCAUCCUAAUGCUUAUGAAGGAAUGAAUUUCCAAAAUGCUAUAAGUUUGAAUGGUUAUCAUAUUAUUCAAGAUAUUUUAAAGAUUAUUCCGAAUAGACAAACUUUCCAGAUAGCUCUAAGGGCUAUUAAAUUAUGGGCAAAGCAGAAAGGCUUUUAUAGCAGAAGACUUGGAAUUAUGGGUGGAACUUCUUGGACAAUUCUAGUCGUUUACAUUUGUCAAAGGUUUCCUACAGCUUCACCUUCUCAAUUGAUUUAUCAAUUUUUCAACAUUUACCGUGAAUGGAGUUGGCCUAAACCAGUUGAAAUCAAACAGUUUAUCGGCAAAAACGUCUAUGUGAAGAAUUUAAAACUUUUCGACUUUGAAGUAUCAAGAUUGGCGAGAGAUAAAAAUGCCUUAAUGCCAAUUCUGACUCCAUCUUUUCCUCGAAACAACUCGGCAUUUCGUAUAACUAGAUCUACGAAAUCUCUAAUUGUCGAAGAAUUUCAGAAAGGAUUCACUAUUUGCAAAGAGAUUGUAGAUAGGAAUGGGGAUUGGACAGCUCUCUUUGAACCGAAUCGUUUCUUUGAUAAAUAUGAGCAAUUUAUCGUAAUAACUGGUAACACCAUCGAAAACUACAGAACCCAAACUUACUCUGUAAUAGAAUCCAAAAUUAAGGUAUUAACAAAUAAAUUGGAUGAUUCGAAAACGAAAAAUUUCAUCAGGAGAGUUCAAGCCCUACCAUAUUCGUUUGAUUCGACUAUCAACGAUGAACGUAGAAUAUGGAUUAUUGGUAUUAAAACGACAGAUUCAAUAGAAGCUGUAGCCAACUAUUUAAGACCAUAUAUUGAUGAUUUUAAUCGAACCAUUUUUGAGAAAAUAGAAGAGAUUCCGAUGGAAAGGAAUCACAUUGAAAUUGACGUUUCAACGAUCAGACACGAAGAAUUAUCUACAUUUCUACCCCAAGAUGCUUAUGAUCAACUUUUCGAAAGAUAUCUUAAUUGA